CCCUGGAAAAAUUGUAAAACAAUUCUCAAGACAGGCUAGAGGGCGGAAGUGAGGACUCCAACAGCAGUGGACAAACAUUUCCCUUUCCUCUCAGAUUUCUCGCACCAUGGCGGCCCCUGCCCAGCAGCCUACUCAGCCUGGCGGCGGGAAGCGCAAAGACAAGGCUCAGUAUGUGUUGGCCAAGCGGGCUCGGCGCUGCGACACUGGCGGGCCCCUUCUGCUAGAGCCCGGGCUACAGGGCAUCCUCAUCACCUGCAACAUGAACGAGCGCAAGUCCGUGGAGGAGGCCUACAGCCUGCACAACGAAUACGGCCACGGCAUGUAUGGGCCGGAAAAGCUUACAGACAAGCAUCAGCAGCCCUCUGGAAUUGAGGGAGAAGAUGGUGAUGUGGAGGCUGCCUUGAAGAAAGAAGUUGGUGAUAUUAAGGCAUCUACAGAGAUGAGGCUAAGAAAAUUCCAGUCAGUGGCAAGUGGAGCAAAUAACGUCGUCUUCAUCAGGACACUUGGGAUAGAACCUGAGAAAUUGGUGCAUCAUAUUAUCCAGGAAAUGUACAAAACCAAGAAGAAGACGACUCGAGUUAUUCUACGAAUGUUACCCAUCUCAGGCACAUGCAAAGCUUUUUUAGAAGAUAUGAAAAAAUAUGCAGAAACAUUUUUGGAACCCUGGUUUAAAGCUCCGAACAAAGGGACAUUUCAGAUUGUGUACAAAUCUCGAAAUAACAGUCACAUGAAUAGAGAAGAAGUUAUCAGAGAAUUGGCAGGAAUAGUGGGCAACCUCAAUUCAGAAAAUAAAGUGAAUCUCACCAAUCCACAGUAUACGGUGGUAGUAGAAAUCGUCAAAGCUGUCUGUUGCCUGAGUGUUGUGAAAGAUUACAUGUUGUUGAGAAAAUACAAUCUCCAGGAGGUGGUGAAGAGCCCUAAGGAUCCAACACAGCUUAACUCAAAGCAGGGAAAUGGGAAAGAAACUAAAUUGGAAUCUGCUGACAAAUCAGAUCAAAACAACAUAGCAGAAGGAAAAAAUAACUAGCAGGUACCAGAGAAUACGGAGGAGCCGGGGCAGAUAAAACCAACGUCUAAUCCGCAGGAGGGAGGAGGCAAACCUGAACUUGCAAGUGAAGCCACAGAAGGAUCCAAGUCAAAUGAAAAUGCCCUCUCAUAGGAGGUCAUUUGGUGUUGAGGUGGGUUUUCCAACUGGGGUUCUGUGAGAUGUUGCUGGGGUUACACCUGAAAUUCUGACUAAAAACAGUUUUUUAUUUG